CUUGUGAGACGUACAUCGGUGAUUUUUUCAUCCUCAAAAUAUUCAGUAAACAGCGUGAAAAUAUAUUUGAAAGUGAGAAUUUAGGUGAGAAAGAAUUGGAACCUAAUACAGAAAUGCAGAACGAUAGCAUACAAAACACUAAAACAACUGCUAUGGUACAAACAACAAAUUCGCAGCAACAAAACAGUGCGGCACAAAUUACGGAUGAAUCAUCACAAAGACCUUUACAAAAUCAGAGUGUCGCGGAUGUAGAUACAGAGAUAUCUUCGCGUCCUUGUAGAUGCAAAAAAGGAUGUUCUACAGAGCAAUGUGGAUGCGUAAAAGCUGGGAUUCCAUGUGGAGAACGCUGUAAAUGCAAACGUAAUGCAUGUAAUAAUCAGGUAGAAACAGCAAAUUCGCAGCAACAAAGCAAUGCGGCACAAGUUACGGAUGAAUCAUCACAAAGACCUUUACAAAAUCAGAGUGUCGCGGAUGUAGAUACAGAGAUAUCUUCGCGUCCUUGUAGAUGCAAAAAAGGAUGUUCUACAGAGCAAUGUGGAUGCGUAAAAGCUGGGAUUCCAUGUGGAGAACGCUGUAAAUGCAAACGUCAUGCAUGUAAUAAUCAGGUAGAAACAGCAAAUUCGCAGCAACAAAGCAAUGCGGCACAAGUUACGGGUGAAUCAUCACAAAGACCUUUACAAAAUCAGAGUGUCGCGGAUGUAGAUACAGAGAUAUCUUCGCGUCCUUGUAGAUGCAAAAAAGGAUGUUCUACAGAGCAAUGUGGAUGCGUAAAAGCUGGGAUUCCAUGUGGAGAACGCUGUAAAUGCAAACGUAAUGCAUGUAAUAAUCAGGUAGAAACAGCAAAUUCGCAGCAACAAAGCAAUGCGGCACAAGUUACGGGUGAAUCAUCACAAAGACCUUUACAAAAUCAGAGUGUCGCGGAUGUAGAUACAGAGAUAUCUUCGCGUCCUUGUACAUGCAAAAAAGGAUGUUCUACAAAGAAAUGUGGAUGCGUAAAAGCUGGGAUUCCAUGUGGAGAACGCUGUAAAUGCAAACGUUAUUCAUGUAAUAAUCAGGUAGAAAGCAAUGCGGCACAAGUUCUUUUUCUUUUUUUUUUUUUUAUUUUAUUUUGGUUAUUUUACAAUUUGUCCUUGUAGACAUUUGGUAAAGUGUUAUAUCUUGUUGGUGAAGAAAAAAAAAUAUAAAUAAAAAAAUAAAUAUAGCAUGUGGGCGGCUACCCCCAGCGGGGUGCCAGCUUCGUUUUUUCUAAGUUAUAUCUUUUAUGAGGUCUAUUGGGUGUUUCCUUUUUAGUCUUCUUGCGAUAUUUGUUGUGUUGCACGUUUCAGCUGCCAGCUGGUUCGGGUGACUUUCUAUUCUUUUUCUGUAUCUUGUUGCGAAUGUGGUAAUCUCCUCCUUGACCGUUGGUAUUCCGAGGUCUUUCCGUAUGUCCUCGUUUCUAACGUACCAUGGGGCGUUUACUAUUGUUCUAAGGAUUUUGGCUUGCAUUGUUUCGAUUUUGGUUAUAUGACCCAUUGCUGCUGUUCCCCAUAGUGGGAUUCCGUAUGUCCAUAUUGGUUUUAUGAUUAUUUUGUAUAUUUUUAGUUUGUUUUCUGUGCUUAGUUUGGAUUUUCGGCUUGUUAACCAGUGCAUUUGUCUCCUUGCUGUCUGUAUUUUGUCUAUUAUUGAUUUGAUAUGCUGUUUCCAUGUGAAGUGUGUAUCUAUGUGAAGUCCAAGGUAUUUGACUUGCCUUGUUUGUGUUAUUUGCGUGCUGUUCAGGAAGAUGUUUGGUGUUAUCUGUUUUCUCAAUGUGAAUGUGAUGUGGUUACAUUUGUUAGGGUUAGCUUUGAUUUGUUUGUCCUGUAGCCACUUUUCUAUUUUUGUGAUGUGCUCUUGUAGUAUUGUGGCUGCUGUUACAGGGUUAGUGUGCCUGACUAGCACGGCUGUGUCGUCCGCGAAUGUGGCCUACAACAUUGCCCUUACCUGGUGUCCGAUUUUGGCUAGUUCGUCGCAUAUGUUGCUUGUGUUUGUUCUUGGGUGUAAUCCUCUGAUUACUACCUUGUAGCUUUUAUCCGAUUUCAAUUGGUAGGUGUGGUAUCCGGCGUUUUUUUUUCCUUUAGUAGCUUUACCACUUUUCUAUAGGUAUCUGGGGUGUUCGUUUGCACUUUUAUUUGGUCUAAUUUUAGUUGUUUGAUGUUGUAAUUUUCUUUGCCUGCCGUGUUGUUUAGUAGUUCGAGGAGGGGGUCUAUUACCUGUGCGUCUAUGUAAAUUGGUGGUGGUUUCGUGUUGUGUGUUGGUUUUUCCGUUGUGUCUGAUUCUUUCUCUUGUGGCAGUGCGCUGAAGGGGUUUUGUAGAGGAAUUUCCUGGAGCCACUGCUUACUUUCUGUUUCUGCAGUUCUCCUGGUGUUUACGUUUGUUGUUAGUUUUCUUCUUUUGCUGGGAGUUAUGACCUCCCAGCUUCCGUCUUGUUGUGUCAUUUCGUUGUUGUUGGCGUUUGUAUCGUCGCUCAUUCGAGUAAUAUCCAUUUCGGUUUCUGUAGAUUCUUGGAUUUCCAUGUUUUUGUGUACGGCGUAUGUUUCGCCGUUGUUUGAUAUCCUGAGCGGUGGCACUCGUUGCAUUUUUUUGUUUUCCCUGUUUUUCGCACUUUCGGGAACAUUUUCUCUCCACGUCCGGUUUCGAGGGAGAGACCUCUCCGGGCACCCGGCACGUCUGCACUCUUCGGCAGUCAAAAGGGAACUCGCAAGAUCGAAGUGUCGCGGAUUUAGAUACAGAGAUAUCUUCGGAAGCUUGUAAUUGUAAAACAGGAUGUUCUACACAGCGAUGUGGCUGCGUAAAUAGAGGAAUUCGAUGUGGAAGACAGUGCGCAUGUACUUAUUACGGUUGCGCUAUUUAGGUAAAUAA